AUGACAUUGGAUCUUGCCACCGAUGAACGGGCUUUCUUGAAUUGCUUGUUGGAGCUGAAUGCAUACGACCGGCAGCUAUGGGAGAAUAUGCAAAGGAUCUCUGAUGUUGAUGCAAAAUUGGUUUCAUUAGAAGAAAAGCAAAGCAAAAUGAUCUAUAAUAUGGGAUGUAUCACUGAAGAACAAAAAGCGCUAGACUCCGCUGUCACCGAAUUAGAGAAGGCGCUAGGUCUCCCUGACUGGACAGAUCAGAAUCACGAUCUCCCUGUAGACGCCUUCUCGGCCACUCCAAGUGACACCAAGAGGCAGCAGCUUAUGCAAAUGCUGAUCAGUGUUGAUUCACAAAUCAAAGAGGCAGAUUGUGAUCUUCAGGAAAUUAUUGACCAGGUAUCCGCUCUUCACAAGUCGAAAUCCUCAAUGUCAAAUGCAAGUAAAGCUACGGAAGACCAAGUUGCACAAAUUCUAAAGAAUCAGAUGGAGACACUGCUGUACAUUGACCGUAAAACAGGAGAACUGGAGGCGAAAGUAGAAGAAGUCAAAGAUAUGGCCGACGGCCGUAGUUCGGCACUUUUUUCAUGA